AUGUCUCAACGACUACCUUCAAAUGCCUCGCCGAGCCCUGCUACACGUCUCGGUCCCUCGGAAGCAGGUCGUGCGGCUAUCGCAGCAUGGGCGGAUCUGACACCCGAGGAGAAGCAGGAGGGAAUAGCAGCCGUCUAUGCCAUAAUCAACAGCUACCAUCAUCAAGAGAUAUGCAUUUCUCCGGCUUCAGGACUGUGUUUCGGCUCGAGAGACGAUGUAUUCUGUUCAAUCCCGUAUUGCAAGCGCUGCGCUGGUCAGAAUCUAACUGCAGCUUGCAUUGAGCUUGCUAAGCAAGGAUACAAAGAGUUGGACGAGGCCGACUACAUGAAGCAACUCAAUUCCAUGGCCACCGAUAUCCAACAGAACUUCCUAUUCCUGCGUGCGAACAAGUCUGCAAUCGUUCAGGCGACCUCUUCAUUGUCGAUCUCGGAACUGAAGGCGCUCAUAAACAAAGCCUUUCAGUGGGAGCCACCAAAUGCUUACUACGACUUCGCCAACUUUGCUCAACGCGACCCUCGGCAACCCAAAACACAGUUCAAUCAAGGCGCAACACGAACAGCUCGUGACAGUAGCAGAACUGCCUCCUUCGUCGCAAGCAUUCUGGAGCCACGGGCCACUCGCCAUCCAGUACACUUCCUUCGUGAUGAUGAUGCGCAAUCACAGCUUUGCUGGUCACAAGCGAUGGGCAAAAUUCGUUCCGCGUCUUGCUAUGUCGAAUUGGCCAACCCUUCAGAAUACACUUGGCGAGCUCGCACAAUCACACCCGAUGCACUUCAUGAUGACUUCACAUUCAGUGCUGCACGCGCUUGGCUUUUUCUCACCGCGCAAUGGAAGAUUUAUGACGGUCUCCUGGGAUUUUGCCAGCAUGUUCUCCCACCCGGAGACUACAGUCUCGGUCAGUGCUCUACCGAAUCACCCAAGGACGCGAAAGCUGUUGCAGCGGCGUUGCUCCCUCAGCUCGAGGUGUUAUCGGAUUGUUCCAGGGCUCUUUUGGAGGAUGAGCGGCAGUAUCUACCCUCCUUUGGCGGCGAUACCAGGCACGUGAUCGAUGAAGUCGCGAUCUUGGAGCAGAAAUUCAAAAGAAGUGGCCGCCAGACCUAUGAGGCGCGCGUACGCGCCAUCGACUAUUGCUCCAUGUACAGAUUGAAGCGCACUGCAGUCCUCUCCCAUUUGAAGGAGGAUUUGCGGAAAUUUCGCAAGUCGACAGUUUCGUUUCUGAAGGACGGAACUACGAAUUCCGAUGCUCAUAAGGAAUUCUUGCGUACCAGGGACGAUACUGAGGCAAAGGUGCUGAUGUUUCUGAACGAAUUGUGCAAGGAGGCCCUCAUUGAGGAGCUCGAAAUCACGACUGUCUUUAGUGAGAUUGAUGCUCACCAAUCCGACUGGAGGGACCUCUACAGCUGCAAGAAUUUCAACCGUUCAUUACCCAAAGGAACACUUGGGGCAGACCCUGCCACCACCAUGUUCUGGUUCUUGUGCAAAGGAUGGACCGUGCCCGAGAAGGCGCGUAUCCUUGAGUCCACGCUCGAGAAGAGCCACAAAGGUAUGGACGAUCGCUAUCGACUUCAGCUCCUGAAACGUGUCCACCUUGCCGUCGAAAUCCUCGAUGUAUUGGAAGACGUCCAUCCAUGCGUUGUCAACGAAGCAGAUUUCGCUUUUUACGAGAAGCGCUUCUACCCGCCAGUGAAUACUGUUGCAUUAACGUCUCUAGCGAUGCAGUAUGACCUUAUGAAAGACCAGUUCGCGACAGAAUGGACUGCAUUACUGUGGGAGAAGACAUUUGCUGAGCUGGAGGAGCACUGGAAGGUCGUUUCGUUGUGUACUGAAGGCAGAAGGGAGCUCAGAGAACAGUUGGGAAUGCCGGAGUCGAAGGAGGAGGAGGAGCCGGACGGAGAGGAAGUCGCAGCUGUCACUCCAGCUGCCGACGCUGCCGAAGAAGCCGUAAGAACACCCCAGCGGACUCCUAGGAUAGGGUUGGGUACGCUGGUCGAGCCUGCUACUGCUCAAAAUACGCCAUCUCGCCGCCCUGAUGUCCGCAAUCAGUCGUAUCUACGGGACUACGUUUUUGGCGCGAGAACACGAUCUAGGGAUGGGCACCACGGAGGACAUCGCCCACCACAGAUCCAGGAAGAACCAGCCCGCGAUAGACGGCCAAAGCGUCGCAACGGGUCACCACCCGAAGCAGCUGCAGCACCAGCAACAAUCCCAGUAGCGCCUCCCCUCCCAGCUCCUCAGAAGCUUGUCUUCAGGGACGCCAAACUCUACGACGACUGGCGCCAGCUUUUCCCGCUUCCUGGCAGCCGCCAGGUACGCCGCGAAAUCAAGUGGGAGAAUCUGCGCCGCUGUCUGGAAGCAGAGCCACUGGAGUUUACGUUAGUAUUUCGCGAGGCGCCAACGUUCCGUUAUAGGCGGGAUGCACGAGAUGGCCGGCCGAAUCUGAUGAUCGGGUUGCACUGCCCGCACGGCGCGAACCCGACGCUUACGAAGAGCAUGCUGGAAGGCAUGAGGAAGAAUAUCGCGCAGAGCACGGGGGACGAUUUGUGGGCCAAGGAGUGGGAACGGAGAGGCAACUGGGAGGAGAAGGGCCGGAGAGGCGACAGCGAGGUCUGGCAGAGUGAGUACUGA